UACUCUGACUCUGUCUUACUCUCAUAACAGGGAUGUUUUCCUCUUCUUCAGAGCUGAACUGUUAAAUUUUACCUGUGGUUAGAGGUCGGUAUGGUUAACAGAAAAUCUGCAGGGGCUGAAUGGAUUAAGGCUGUUUGUUAAUAAGUUUUUAAAGUGUUCAUUAUCGUUCCUAUUGUUGUUUUAGAGUUUAAACAGAUGCGCUGAUUGGUUGGUUUAUUUGGGAAUUCAGAAGGUAGAGAAGAGGAAGUGGAGACAAUAAAAGCAAAAACAAGUCAAAAGGCUUUAUUUUGCUAAUUAGGUGCCAAACACAUGUAUUAUUAUUGUUCUUUUGCCUGUAACGUGAUGAUUUGUUAUAUCUCCCCGAUGUUUCUGUGUGAUACAGAUAAGGAGCUGAAUGUCUAAAGUGACUAAAACCUUUGCACAGUACUGAACUUUCACCAGCAGAGCCACCUCUGACUUUAUGAGUCCAACAAUAAACUGGAGUCAUGGCAGUACUGGUCCUUUGAGUCACAGAGGGUGUAUAAAAGAUUUACAGCUGGCUAAAAAAUAAUGAUAAUAUCAAAAAUAACAAAGCUAGCUGGCUAUUAAUUUUUUUCUGCCUUUGCAAAAGAAGUGAGUCUGUGAAAGAUUUUUUGCUGGGGGAACUAGAUGCUCAUCCUGAUGUUGUUUCUGCUGAGUCCAUUUAUAGCUGCUGCACACACACACACACACACAGAGAGAGAGAGAGAAACUUGCCAUCGUGCUGCUGCGCUGUUAAUCUGCAUUGCACCAGAAGCUGGCUGUGUGCAGACAUGAUAACAAUCCCAGAUCUGAUCAGGAAGAAGAGGGAUGGAGGACAGUUAAGUGAUGACGAGAUCAAAGCCUUCAUCCAGGCCGUUAAAGAGAAAACCAUUCAGGACUCUCAGACAGGGGCCAUGCUGAUGGCUAUUUGUCUGAAUGGGAUGGUCUCCGCCGAGAUUAAGGCCCUGACCCGAGAGAUGAUGUCAUCGGGAGAAGUGAUGGAAUGGCCCGAUGAGUGGAAAGAUUUUAUGGUGGACAAACACUCGACUGGCGGGGUGGGAGAUAAAGUCAGUCUGGUGUUAGCGCCAGCGCUAGCUGCCUGCGGCUGUAAGGUUCCUAUGAUCAGUGGGCGGGGCUUGGCUCAUACAGGAGGAACUCUUGAUAAACUGGAAUCAAUUCCAGGAUUCAAGGUGGAGCAAUCAAGAGAGCAGAUCCUGAAGAUCCUGGACUCAGUGGGCUGUUGCAUUGUGGGUCAGACAGAGACUUUGGUUCCUGCAGAUCGAGUCCUGUACGCUCUGCGGGACAUCACCAGCACCGUGGACAGUUUACCUCUGGUUACUGGUUCGAUCAUCUCAAAGAAAGGAGCCGAGUCUCUGUCUGCUCUGGUGCUGGAUGUCAAGUUUGGACGAGCUGCUAUCUGCAAAGACUUUGAAAGUGCUACAGAACUAGCUCAGAUGCUAGUGGAAGCAGGAAACGGCCUGGGCAUACGUACAGCAGCUGUGCUCAGCGGCAUGAACAGUACGAUCGGUCGAUGUGUGGGAAACAGCGUGGAGGUGAUCGAAUCUCUGGAGACGCUGAAGGGAAACGGACCCGAUGACCUGAUGGAGCUGGUCACGACUCAGGGCGGCUUGUUGCUCGUGAUGACUGGUCUAGUGUCUGACCUAUCAGAAGGCAGAAAGCAGAUUUCCGAAGCUGUGGUUGGUGGAGCAGCGCUGUCAAAGUUCCAGGCCAUGAUGGAGGCUCAGGGCGUGAACAGCGACACAGCUCAGCUGUUGUGCUCCACCAACGCAGAUUACUACAGCGUCCUGAGAAAAGCGAAGCAUCAGCUGGAACUGAAGGCUCCUGCAGACGGUAUCGUUUUGGAGAUUGACGGUUUGGCUUUAGCUCAGGUGCUUCACAGAUUGGGUGCGGGGCGAUCAAAGGCUGGAGAGCCUGUCAAUCACAGCGUGGGGGCGGUGCUACUGGUGUCUAUAGGUCAGAGGGUCACAAAAGGCGACCCGUGGCUGCGGCUCCAUUAUGAGGAUCUGGCGCUGACCCCAGACCAAAGGAAUCACCUCGAGAGCGCCUUGACUGUGGGAGCAGACAAAAAAAUACAAACACAACAGAAACACACUUUGGUGGAAAAGAUACUACCUGAGAAAUACCAGUGAUUCUUGAGAUAAGGGACAAAACAUGUCCGCCAGAUAAAACCCAAUUUGAGGGUUAAAAAUAUGCAUACAAGACUGACUGAAAGAAAAACCAAGGCAAUGUUUAUACAACAAAAUUAUGAUUUUGCAUUUUUUAUACAUAUACAUUUAUUUUAAAUGGUACAAUACAUUACCAGUACCUUAAAAAUCCAUUGUCCAAAAGCAGGUGUGAUAAUAUUAAAAUACAGAAAAAAAAUUUAAAGUAAUUCAAAAUGUAAACAUCAUGGCUCUCGUCACUAAAUAUUUAAGUCAAUAUCUUAUAUAAUAUCAAAAUAUGCAAUUGAAAAUUUAUUUUUACAUAUUUUUUAAGUGAUUAAAAUCGUGUCCAGAGUUUUUGUCAACACCAUCAGAUUUUUUUAAAAGUACAAAAAAAUCAGGAAUUAUUGUGGUUAGCUUACACUCUGAGGACCCCUUUACCACUUCCUGUUUGAUACACAUGCCAUGAGGUCACUACUGUGAUAAGGUUUUUUUGUUUUUUUAUUUCAUUUAUUGCAUACCUUUCUGAGAAAACCCUGUGUCACAACCAUAGUGUGUCAACACCAAAGUCGAUGAAAUGCAAGAUUUAAGUAUCUUUUUUUAUAAAAAGAGCUUAAUUUAGGUAGAUUGUAGAGGCCAUAAGCAAAUGAUGCAAAACAAGAUGGCUUCUGUCAGAAAAACAUGUGUUAUGAGAGAAAGUAGGGUGUCAACACCAUCAGGAUUUUUGCCUGACAGUGUUGACCCAUUUCCAGUGGUGUUGACAAAUGCCACAAAAGUGUCCCAUUCACUAAUUAUAUUAAGUUAUUUUAAUUAAUAUUUCAGUCAUAUUACUUUCUGUGUAUUUUACUGAUAUUUCUGCUUUACAGAUGUGUUGAAUAUUAUCGAAUUUGCAUUAUCUUGAAUCUCAUUGUUUAUGUAUACUAUGUCUAUAAAGCGCGUUGAGGCGACUUUUGUUGUGAUUUGGCGCUAUAUAAAUAAAAUUGAAUUGAAUUGAAAUUGAACUUUAUUAUUCCUGUAGGAAAAUGCUUAGUUCUCUGCAUUCAACCCAUUCACUCAGUGAUGCAGUGGGCAGCUACCAAUCGAGGAUAGCCGCUGUUUGUUGGAUUUGAACGCCCAACCUUCCAUCAUGUGGCAUCUACUGAGCUAGCUGUGCCCCAAGAGCUGAUCUUUAAGUGAUGAUGGAUGAAUCCUGCUUCUGGGCCCAAACUACUCUAUUUAUUAAGGCUGUUGUGCUUUUAACAUGUUUUAUUGCUUUUUAUCUUGUUCUAUUUAAUCUGAACAAGCCCCUAAAAACAGUCAGUGAUCACUGUCAGCCUAACCAUCAGAAACCCUUGCAUUACCUUUUAUCGAGUGGAAAGAAUUUAGCGUCCAUCCUCCAGCUUCACUGUGUUUAUGUUAUGCUAACAUAGCUGUGUCACCAGCGAUCACGUAGCACA